AUGAUUGAGGAGAAACUUCUUCGAAUCAGGAAUGUGCAUGAAAGUGAAAUAUAUUUUGUAGGUGACGACUGUCAUGCUCCAGCAAGCGUCCGAUCUAUGCAUCUACAAAACAUCUACCAAGUGGUGUCGUACUGCGAAAAUAUUUCAGUGUGCAGGCGAAAACUCUCGUUGAGCAUUUUGGAGAGGUGGCAGAAAGCUGUGAAGUUGUACGACGUCUCCGAUGAGGCGAUUAUGAUUCUGUCAGCGAUGACCAAAAUGCGCAAUGUCACCCUA